AUGUUGGUGGUCAGCACAAUUUCUUCUGUAUGGAACGAAGACCAUAAUCAAUUCAUAUGCAAGAUUGAAUAUAGGAAACCAAUAUUCAUUGAUAACGAUUACAAAUUUGAACUAGUUCAGCUGCUUAACGAUGACGAUGUAGAGAUGAUGUUCGAUUACGUAUGUACAAUAGGAUCUGAAAGUAUAAUUUUUUAUGUCGAUGUGGUUAGAGAUAUUCAGAGAAAUCAGAAAGACGAUUGUGCCGGUCCCUCUUAUACUGAUGAUUUAGGGAAUUCACAAUUUCCAAGUCGUCAAAAUAGUGAAGAGCAAGAUGAAAUUAUAGUAUGUCCAAGUAAUCCGUUUUGUAUUGAAGACUUUAACCUUAAUAGUGUUCAUAAUAUUGUCAAUGAAGUUGUGGAUGAAGUUGAUGAAUAUGUCGAUUCAGAGAGAUUAUCUGAUUCUGACAUUAACGAGUAUGAAAGUGGUUGGAUUGAGGACGACGAAUUAUUAUCAGGUGAUGAUAAUGUUGUUGCUCAGUAUAGUAAUCCUAUUUUGCCACUUGUGCAUCCACCUCCAUUUUCAGAAAUAGAUUUUGAAUUAAUGCGUGUAGACCCGUAUGCAAAGCCACCGUCUGAUAUGUUUUGGAAUCCAAAUAAGGAGUUUUCUGUUGGGAUGAUUUUUUCGAGCAGAGAUGCUGUCAUGGAAGCAGCGAAGGAGUACCAUUUGCGUAGACAUCAUCACUUUUGUUCUGAUGAGACUAAGAGAAAAACAUAUAGUAUUAAAUGCAAAUAUAAAAAACAUAAUUGUAAAUGGCAUCUGCGUGCAUCAAUGAAGGAGGGAUCUGAGAUAUGGAGAAUUGUAUCUUAUGAUGGGCCGCAUACAUGUUCCAAUCCAACGGUUGACAAAGAUCAUCCUCAAUUGGAUACUAAAUUUGUCUGUCAAUUUAUUAUGCCUAUGAUAGAAAAACAACCACACAUUAAAAUAAAAACCCUUCAAGUAGAAGUUAGAGAUAAAAUUGGAUAUGAACCAUCAUAUUCAAAGACAUGGAAGGCAAAACAAUUUGCAAUUAGAAAAAUUUUUGGUGGAUGGGAUGAAUAG